GUUUUAGCUUCUGAAUUUCUCAGAUCGGGAUGAAGAGAUUGCGAACAUGACCAAAACAUUUGAAUGGUUUUUCCUGCCAGUUUUUAAUGUUGACGGUUACGAGUUCACUCACAAGGAGGACCGUCUAUGGCGAAAAAAUCGCCGUGUGUUUGAUUCUUCCUUACCUGCAGAUUGUAUUGGUGUGGACCUGAACAGGAACUUUAAUAACAGUAAGUGGGGUUCUGACCUAAAUUCACAUGACACAUGCAGCGAACAAUUUUCCGGAGAAAGUCCCUUCUCUGAAAUAGAGUCCUUCAACGUCGCCACAUAUCUCACUGAUCGAAGAUCCGACUUGAUAGCAUUCUUCGAUUUUCAUAGUUAUGGGCAGCUGUGGAUGUCACCAUGGGGAUGGAGAGAAGAUAGACCAUCAGAUUAUGACGAAAUGAAAACACUGAUGAGAGCUGCUACAGACGCAAUAUACAAGACAUCUGGAAAAAAUUACAUCUACGGUCCUGCGUAUUCAACGAUCUCCCCUGGACCUGUAAAGAAAAAGUUACGUGGACUGGCUUUGUUAGUCAAAUACUAUUUGUACAAUGUGUGUUUACAAAACUUCUGA